AUGCAAGCUACAUUCGACGCUACAGGACUCAAACACUUCACAAAGGCCCUCACAUGUCUCUCCAAGAUCGGCGACGAAGUCACCUUGAAGGCCACAGAAGAUAUAUUCUCACUCUCCGCCUCUAACAACGCCCUGACGGCUUAUGGAUGCUUCAAAUAUGCACGUUCCUUCUUCAGCAGAUAUGUGGUCGAAAUUCCGGCUGGGGACUGCGUAUCUGGGCAGAUCUCAUCCAAGCCACUCCUUGCGCUCCUGAAACACAAGACGAACGAUAAGGGCGGGGAAAAGUGCGAAUUUGCGAUUACGGACGGACCAACUUCAAGCAUUCACCUUGACGACGACGACGACGAGCAGGAUUCUUUGGAGAGUCGGCUAACGGUACGUUUACACUGCAGACACGGCGUGGUGAAGACUCACCGGCUACCACUCAAUGCUGCCAAUAACAUGGAGCCUCCUGGUCCCGCCAACUCGGACCUCGAAUCAUACUUUACAGUGGGACCGAGGAUGCUUAGGAGCCUUCUAGAUAACUUCCCUUUCGCUCGGGGUGGCAAAUCAGAUCCUGAGCUGAUCUGGAAGUUCACGGAUGAGGAGGUUCAGCUAUAUAGCUCACAGUCGUCAGCGGAUAAGACAGGUCGUCCGCAACUUUCAACGGAGUUGACGAUCGAUGUCGAGGAAUUUGAGCAGUAUGAGCUUACGACCCCUUCAAUGCAGCUUGGCUUUCAUCUCCGUGAGUUCAACGCCGUCAUCGGGUUCGCGGAAGCGGCACAAGUAUCACUUACAAUCCGCUUCGUGGACGAAAACUCCCCUCUGUACAUCACCAUCGACAGCGACCUCUCCGAUUGCUUAUUUGCCAUUGCUUUGGUCCGAAAUAUCUCCGCACGACACGGCUCACAGGCGAACCAGCAAGAGAAUGCCAGCGACGGCGGGGCACGACGACGGAAACGCCCUCGGGAAGAUGAUAGCAAUCCGCUCCGUCUGCAAAGGGGUAUAGUUAACGAUGUAGCGAGGCGAAAUAAGCCAAUGACCGUCGUAGUUCCCCGCGCUCCCGCACGAGAUAUGCGCCCUCCCCCUCCGCCCCCACAGAACCUCGAGCCUCAGCCAUCCUGGGCCAUCCUGACCGCCGCGCAACAGCCGACAGAGCCUUUGUUCCUCCCUGGCUCGCAGCUCUCACAACUUCCACUUGACCGACAGCAGGAGAUCAUCGACUCGGGGCUCGGCAUAGAAAACAUGACUGCGGAGGAAUUCGAGGCGAUGUUCGACCCAGACGCCGACGCCGAUGUCGAAGCCGAGCCCAAGCCGCAGGCGCCAGGAGCGUUGCGUUUCGGCGACGACGACAACGACGACGACGUGCGGUGGCCCGAUGAUUCCCCACCGGCCCCCGACAGCCUUGAGCUGGUCGACGUUGACGACGUUGACGUGGAGAUGGCCCCGACGCAGUCUGAGGGCGGAUCGAGGGUG